AUGUUCUCUGGUGCUCCUCGAGAGGAGGGGAUCCUCUCCCUGGCCCAAGGCAUCGUGCACUGGGCCCCGCCGCCCGCCGUCGCGGCGGCCGUGGUCGCCGCCGCAGCCGACCCAGAGUCGAGCGCGUACGGGGCCGACGACGGCACGGCCGAGCUGCGGGCUGCCCUGAAGGCCAAGCUGCGCACGGAGAAUGCGCUCGACGGCGUCGAGGUCAUGGUCACGGCGGGCGCGAACCAGGCGUUCACGAACGUCGUCAUCGCGGUUCUGGACGCGGACGACGGGGCCGUGCUCUUCAGCCCCUUCUAUUUCAACCACAUGAUGGCCCUGCAGAUGACGGGGGGCGGGGCCUCCGUCAUCAGGGGGCCCGUGAGGGAGGAUUUCCUCCCAGACGUGGAGUGGCUGGAGCGGCGGCUCGCCCAGGACGGUGGCCCGCGGAUACGCAUGGUCACCCUGGUGAACCCCUGCAACCCGACGGGCAUCAUGGCCCCGGCCGAGCUGCUGUCGAGGGCCAGCGCGGCGUGCGCGCGGCACGGCGCCUGGCUGGUGGUCGACAACACCUACGAGCUGUUCUCCUACGAGGCGUACGGGAUGAUGGGCUGGCGCGUCGGCUACAUCGCGUACCCGCCGAGGCUGCACGGGGAGCUGAUGAAGGCGCAGGACACCAUCGCCAUCUGCCCCGCCGUCGCCUCGCAGAAAGCCGCCUUCGCCGCCGCCGGGGCGGGCGCGCCCUGGGUGAAGGAGCGCGUUGCGGGGCUGAGCGAGAACAAGCGAAUCGUCUGCGCCGCCAUAGACGCGGCGCUGGGCGAGGGCCAGUACGUGGGCGGCUCUGGGGCCAUCUACCUGAUGGUGCGGCUGCCUAGCGCCUGCGGGGACGACAUUCGGGCCGACCUGGAGCUUGCGAUCCAGGUCUGUGUCAUCCCUGGUUCCGCCUGCGGCGCCCCGGGCACCGUCCGCGUCUGCUACGCGAACCUGGUACCGGAGCGCUGCAGGGAGGCCGCGGCCCGGCUGCAGGCGGGGCUCCGGGAGCUGUGCGAGCGCGGCGCGGCGGCCCUCGCUUAG